AUGAAACGUAGCAGUGCGACAAGCCACCCGAGCGAUAAUGAACUGAAUGACGACAACCCAUAUGAGUCCACAUACAACCACAACGAUAUUUCUUCCACAGCUGAAGAGCUACAUGAAAAAAAUAGCACCACAAAUGAAAAUGUGUCAAGUGGCAACUAUGGUGAAUACCCCCCCAAUUAUGAUGGUGGCCCAAAUGAUGACAGCAACAAGUUGAACUCCCCCAAGGGGCACACCCGCUGGAGCAAUGAAUCAAAUAUCGAAGCAAAUGCAAAUAGUGAAAAUGUCAGUAAUGACGUAGCGGGAGGGAGAAACCCAAAUGACAGCCUAAGCAGUGCAGGCAUCUCACCUGGCGGUAUGAACAACGCCAUGUACAACCCUAACAUGCCCUACAUGCAAAAUAACAAAAUGAUGAAUGGUGGAAAAAACAUGCACGGGAAAUUCCCGAUGAAUAUGAACCAACCCAUGGGCAUGUUCCAAAACAGUAAUGAUUUGAUGGCGAAUCCGUUACGCAUGCCAAUGUUUCCAGGUCAACCAAACCCUAUGUUAUUUAAUAACCCUAUGCACUACAUGAACAGUAAAGCCUAUUUGAAGCACCUGAAAUAUAAUAAAGUUAUUACUGCCGAUCCGAGCAUACCCCCAAAUGAAACCUUGUACGUAAAAAACCUAAACGACAGAAUUAAAAUAGACGAAAUGAAAAAAAGUUUAAAAGAUUUAUUUAAGCAGUAUGGUGUAAUCGAAGACCUGGUCGUUAUGAAGUCAUUUUGGAGAAAAGGACAAGCAUGGGUUGUGUAUGAUACUGUGGAAAGUUCUACCAAAGCGCUAAAUGCUCUGCAGGGAUUUGUACUUUUUGGAAAAAUCAUGCAGAUAAAUUAUUCACAUAACAAAAGUGAUGUGCACUCAAAGAGAGAUGGUACCUUUGUCGAAAGGUCCAAAGAACCGAAGAAACCAAAACAGAUCCUCGAGAGAGAACGGAAGCAGAAAGAAAUCUUCGAAAUGAUGCAGAGAAAUUUUAUAGAAAUGCAAAUGAAUAAUUUUCGAAUUAUGCAACAGAACGAAUUAGAAAAAAGAAAAAAAAUUGACUUAAGUCAAAUGGAUACACAAGAUCUAAUUGCUAAGGCUCAGGCAAAGGCAUACGAGGAAAAGAACAAAAAAAAAAAUGAAGACUUUACAAAAAAUAACAACACUAUGUACCAGCAACCUUCCCCAUACUACCCAAUGAACGCAUAUGCCCCUAUGCAAAAUAACGUUGUGGUGGCGUGUAAAAUUUUGUUUGUCGAAAAUGUCGUUGAAAAUGUGAACACACAAGAAUUCAAUGAUUUGUUUAAAAAGUUUUCCGGCUUUAUCGAGGCCAGAAUUAUUCCCCAGAGGAACGUCGCCUUUGUGGAUUACUCCGAUGAGGCGGCAGCAACGAAUGCGAUGAAAGCUUUGCAAAAUUAUGAGCUCCAGGGAUCAAGGCUAAAAAUAUCCUACGCCAAGAGAUAA